CCAAUCUUCACUUUCAACAUCUCGUCUCUGUUUGCCAUUACUUGCCCCUACCGGUAUUCAUAAAUAUCCUCCUGUUCUCCAGUAAGCAAACCUAUCCCUUCCGAAUAUGAAGCACCUGACCACUACCGAGAGCUUUAAAUACGACCCACUAUCCAGAGGAUUUGCCUCCGGGGGGGCAUGUUUCAUAAGAACCCGGAUUCGCAAGUCGGGCUUACUUGCCGCUAUCUCCCAUCAUAAACCUCUAAUCUCUGGCGCCAUUAACUUCUUGAGAAAUUCUGAUUGCUCGGUAUCAGCUGAGUUCAUCACGAUUGCCAAAGCUCUUCGGGUGUACUCCUUUUAGGAUCCUGAUGCCAUACCAAUGUAAGUUAGGGCAUCGACGUGUACUAUAUCCCUCCAGUGGCAGGAUCAGACAGGUCCUGCUCGAGUACUUGCGCCUGGGAACCAUAGAAUCGACUCUCAUUCCCAGAGCCCAGAGAAGGCCCUCAGCCUCCUAGCGUUUCACCUCUUCCGCCCACCGAAUAUAGCUUUGGGGGAAUCCAUAAAGAUAGCGUUUAGGACCGUAGUCCCCAUUUUCUUUCCAAACUAUCUACUAUCUUAGGGGACGGCGAGGACCCUCAUCGGCAAGCACACCGCGCCUGUGGUAAAAAGGAGCUCUAAAACCACCAAAAUACCUCAGCAGUACCUCAACAGCAUCUCAAAUCUCAGGAAGCUCACCAACCCUAUUAUAACACAAGGUUCCGAACAAUCCAGAUAAUCAGCACUCGAACUCAUCUUCUGCGGCAGAAUUUUUGAAGGUCUGGAGUUACAUCGGAUAACUGGUUCCCUCUCUGCGAUAUCUGAGGAUUUUGGUUUUGAUAAUGGGCGAGUGCGGUGAACGGGGGGGGCGGCCGUUGCGGGAAAGGUAAGGUUCUCAAAAACAACUAACUUGUUAAAUCUGAACUAUCCGCACGGUUUCUCACCUAGCUUGGCGCCGAUUCGCCCGAAUAAACCGUGGCCAUCACCGGCACACUGGCGCUUUUUUGGGCUUCAGUUUGCAACCUCUCUCAUUGCAUUGGCCCUGCGGGAUCAAAAGACAAUUUGCUCUGGGAUUAGGAGCCGGGGGAGAGGAUGAAAUAAAGCUACAACCUUCCCUGAUACGGCGGCUCGGGAUAGGAGCAUUCAAACCCAGCAGGGCUGAACUGGGAAAUCGUUACCGUUUCUCCCCGCACCCAAAUCUGCAUGUCUACUUUUUCGAUCGGAAAAGAUCAAAUUUCGCACUCACAUACAUAUUAUGCGCAUGCAAAGGAAUGCCCUAUCCAAGCAGGCUCCCCAGCUUGUGUUUGUGGCAAUGGGUUGGACUCGUUCAUAUUGAUUAUGUCGUCCACAUCAGAUGCGCAGGAAUUCGGAUAUCCAGGGUAUCGGUUACACGCAGGCGAUUGAGGACGCUCAGCAGCAGGUCCCGGAUUUACUAUCCGUUGCUUAAAGGCUUGGGAAAGCUAGCGUGUGGAUGGAGGAUAUCGAUACUUGUGAUAUACGAAGAGCUCAAAUUGGUGGCACAAGCAGGCCAAGGACACUUGAAACAUAUCAUUCACUCCGGCCCUGUUAAAGUUGGAUCGAUUCGCUCGGCCUCAUACCAGUUUCAACCUUUGCUAGACCUGCCACACAUCUCAUCGAAGUCUUUUCAAGCUAUCCUUUACCAAUAGACCACUAAUUUCGCGGCGGCUUGCUAAUCUUCAAAAUCUGCCGAGGGAGAAUUAAGAAUUAUCUUAUUCACCGUUGUUUUUUCAAUACACGAAAGAUAUUGAAUCCCAGAGACUCCACAUCAGAAUUUGAUAUCCAACACCACGGCGGGUGACCGAGGAGACAGUGCUAACACUCGAAUAAUCGAAGCAUGAAGCAAGGAGCUGAGUCUCGCACAAAGGGCCCAAAUGAAGGGGCUUCGCAGCCUCCAUUUAUCAAGACAUUUCAGAGCGGUUUCAUGCUGUUAGCAUCUUCUCCGGAGCUCAGCGACCCAAGAUACAACUAUCUAUCUCAGGGGAUAGAACAUCUGGUCGCCACCGAUUGCAAACAUAUGAAUUGCUACGGCACUCAUCUCUCUAAAGAGGCUUAUACUUAGAUCCUACCUAACUAGAAUUACAUGCUGGCUUCCACCGACCUACUAUCACUCAAAUGGGAACCGCCGCGAUGACCGCCCAUGUACUGGGAUACGCUCGACGUGUGAAUACUUUAGCACGUUUAAACACCUUGGACUGAAUUACUACGCUGCGUCACUCGAAUACUUUAAUAAGCGCGAGCACUUGUUUUCUCCACAUCAUCCGAAGUAGCGCCUGGCCAUAAACACCGUCCAACACCAAGAAAUAUACGGGGUAUUCCGAUCGGACCUAAGCCACUCCUGCAGAAUUCAUGCAUCUGCUAGAGUGCUCCCAAUUGCCAACAGAUUUGCUAUGGCGGAAUUUAAGUCGGCGAAUUUGAGGCCGCUUUGCUUCGAGCCCGUACCAGAUUGCUUGAAAAGUCUUAAGCUAAUCAUGAUAUCGGACCAUGCCGCUUGCUAGUGCUAAUGUGAAGUUUGUCAAAGUCCGCGGCACAACGCCAUGAUCCCCAAACGGCAGUGCGGCCCAGUCAACAAAAUCCCACGAUCUCGGUGAAAGACCUUGACGUGGACACCCUCACUCAUUGGGUGCUCCAGAACGGAAGUACUGCCUCCAGCCCUGCGCGAUGAUGGAUUUUGGACGCCAGUGUUUCGAAAGUCGGAGUCAGACUGAGCGAUCAACUGUGCAUGUCACCUUUCUGCAACAGCUUUUUUUGAAGCUUAAUUCAUAAGCAAAAGAGCGUACCGCAGGCAUGAUAUUAGGGAGUUACUAGCGAGCUCCCUAGGAUCCAACCGUUCCUCGAGCAAAUUACAAAGAUUAUUGACACCGCCGACACUUUAAUCGAUAAGAAAAAAGCUUCAGUACGAUACCCUUGACAUGGGAUCCUAGAUGCCUGGCAACUUAUUUUCGUCAAGCACCAGCAAUGCCACUACCAGCCGAAGUUUUUACCCCUCACAAGUCCCCAGCCAAAAGCUGGCAGGGACCAUUGCCAAGGUUGGCCACUGCCAGAACUCCCGGGAUUGAUUCUGAGACAACCAGAAGUGUGGGGUCUUUUGGACUCCACGUCUUUCAACACUCCUGAUUGCUGUUUUUUUCUUUUUUUUCUUUCGGGACCAACAGAAGGGCUAUUCUAUCUCUCCAGAUCCAAUAUGAAAACACCAUAGGUUGCUUAGCGACGAAAAAACCUCCUGAGGCGUUUCCGUUCCGUAGGCGCGGGAGGGCAGUUGGAUUUGAUUACGCCAAUGCAGCGACCCCCAGCAAGAAUGCAAUUAUCCCACGCCUUGAACACGUUGUUCCUUGUCAACGACUGCAAUCUCUUCUCGUUUUCGACGCUCCCGCGAGCCAUCUCGGGCCCGCUCUCGCAAUGGAAUUAGAGGUUUCCCCUGCAUUGUUGGCAAGCACUAAGGUGCAGCUGGUUUUGCUCGUGCAUACGAGCACUGCGAGUUUGGACCAGCGCAUAAUGUGCAAUGUGCAAGAUAUCCUCCACGUCAACACAAUUCCUAUUGCGAGAAGUAUUCAAAAGAGUCCCCUUUCCUGAUACCCAAACAUUUCUUUAAGUUACUGCGUCUCGACUCCCAUUUCAUCAUUCCGUAGUUCAAUCAACUCACCUUGCCAGCCAAGGAGUACUGAUAAUAGGUCGAGCACAAACCUCCAAAGUCCUAACAAGGCAUACCAACAUCUCACAUUCUUUCAUAAAGCAUAUUUAUUGAUUCAAUUCCAUCAAACUCAAUCACAAUGGCAACCCGACACUCCUGGCUGGUCACACCAAUGCUUUUCUUUCUCCUUCUUUGGGCCACCCCUUCGGCAGCGCACAUGUCCAUGUCGGAGCCCCCGCCGAUCAAUUAUAAAACCAACCCAAACUACAAUUCUGCCAAGGGCGACUUCGAUUACAGCGCUCCUUUAUCGCCUUCCGGGUCAAAUUACCCAUGUAAAGGGCACCUUAAAGAUUUGGAUGCGCCAGAGGGCAGACCUGUGAGAACUUAUGCACAGGGCGGAACCUAUAACAUGGUUAUCUCUGGCUCAGCUGUGCAUGGUGGUGGAUCAUGUCAAUGCGCCCUCUCCUAUGAUAAGGGUAAGACCUUCACGGUCAUAAAAUCCUUCGUAGGAAAUUGUCCCCACGCAACACCCGGCGGCGACCAAACAUUCAAAUUCACAAUUCCCAAAGAUGCGCCAUCUGGCAAUGCCGUCUUCGCCUGGACCUGGUUCAACAACAUCGGAAAUCGAGAGAUGUACAUGAACUGCGCAUCGGUCACAAUCGGCGGCACAAAAAAAAGCAGAGCGGUGGCCAAGAGAGCCUUUAGCGGUCCCGAGGUAUUCAAAGCGAAUAUCGGCAACGGAUGUACGACCCCAGCGGGAACGGAUGUGACCUUUCCUAAUCCCGGACCGAAUAUUGAGUAUGGAGGAAACGCUGGCGCCAGGGCUCCGCCCACCGGUAAUUGUCAAGGUGGAAAUUCCGGCGCCGGUGGGGGCAGUGGAAGUGGAAGCGGGAGUGGCAGCGGGAGUGGAACCGGAACUGGAACUGGAACCGGCACAAGUGGUGGUAGUGGAAGCGGUAGUUCCAGCGGCACCGGCACAGCCGGGGGCGACACCAGCGGCGCUGGAACAGGUACCACGGGGGAGGGAACACAGGGUAGUGGAAAUAGAGGAGGUGAGGCUUCCGUAACUUUCAUUUCGUCUUCCCGGCGCGGGGCGACGGGCACUGCCACCCGCCGUGCUUCAUCCAGCGCUGCAAAGAAGAGCAGUAAAACGGUUGCAAGACCCCAGUCCUUCACUUCGCUCGAUACCCCCGUCCACACUGGCGGCGGUGGAGCUGGAGGGGAGGUGGUGGUGAGCACGGUCAACCCCGCCACCCAGACGGGAGAUGGAGCUGUUGAAACUAACAUAGCGGGGGGCGAUUCAGGACCUAGCAGUGUGCAGGAUACUCAAGGGUGCGCUUAUUGGAGAUCUCAGGGUUAUGUUUGCAGUGGGGCUUCCAAAUCUCUAAUUGGGAGGAGGGAAGUAUUGCAGAUGUUAGGAGGAGUCUUGUUGGUUUUGGCUAUUUCCGGACUGUGAGAGGGAUCAGAGUGGAGGAUGCACAGCAAGAAAGAGGAACACACCCCGCAUGUGUACCCUUUCUGGAUGCCUUCUCCCGCUUUACAUAUUUUCUUUUGUUUGGCACAUAUCAUACUAGAGAAAAGAAAAGAAAAGAAAGCAUAAUGGUUGGAUUGGAGAGGGGAGGAGGGAAGUGGAGAAAGCUAGAUGAUUGGACUGGUACUCGUACAUAGCUAGAUGGUUGAGCUGGUCUCGAUUUCCUUUUUUUUGCAUUGGGGGCUUACUGUUUACAGGAUGGGCAUGGCGUUACGGUUUUCAGGUCCCUUCAUUCUCACUUAUCAUCAUUUCCCAACUACAAUUAUCAUACACACCAUCAUACCAUGUCUUUUCUUCUUUCUCUAUUAGCUCUGCUGUAUAUUUUUUCCUAUGUUUUUCUCCUUUCUUUCUUUCUCUCUUUUUUUUUUCCCUUACUAAAAAUUGUAAGAUAAUAUUAUUGUCUACUUCACACCCUCAA